AUGGCAGACUCUGAUGCGCAAGAGACUCGCCAACCCGCAAAAGACUCGCCGUUCUCCAUAAAGAACCUGCUGAACAUUGACGACAAACCUACAAAGUCGAAAAGCUUCCUCGGCUCAUCCAAAGGAGUGUUUGAAGGCAGCUUCUUCUCUCGGCUCGGUGACUUGUCUUUCCCUCGGUUUGAGUUGCCCACACAGAGAAUUGGACUAUCAGCGCAGUAUUUGGAGAGAGCGUCUACCUGGUGGUAUCCAUACACGCUCGGGACUCAUCUGAGGACUGGAGGGUCUGAGAAGGCCAGCCUGAGGGAAGCAUCACCGGCACCGGACAGGCGCUCCCCGGAUCUCCAAAAAAGUGACCAAGAUGCCAAAGAGGAAAGUGCCGACGACGAUAUCGCGCUGGAUGAAAGUGACUCGGAGGAGCCAAAGAAAGAAAUAGACCAGGAGGACGACUGGAGGAGAAAAACGGACGAGCUGGACUCCGAUAGGAAGCCCUGUCGGAAGAAGAAGACGCGCACGGUGUUUUCCAGGAGUCAGGUCUUCCAGCUGGAGUCCACCUUCGACAUAAAGCGCUACCUGAGCAGCUCGGAGAGGGCGGGCCUGGCCGCGUCCCUGCACCUGACGGAGACCCAGGUGAAAAUCUGGUUUCAGAACCGGAGGAAUAAGUGGAAAAGGCAGCUGGCCGCGGAGCUGGAGGCGGCCAACCUGAGCCAUGCGGCGGCGCAGAGGAUUGUGCGGGUUCCCAUACUUUACCACGAGAACGGAGCCCCAGAAACGGCCGGUGGCCCCGCUGCAAACUCACCGGGAAGCCAGUCACUGCUUGCUUUUCCCCACCACAUGUACUAUUCGCACCCGGUCCCACUGCUGAGGCCCGUUUAA